AGCCCGACGAGACUCCCGAUUUACACGAGUGGCGGCUCUCCCCGUGCAAAGCGGUCCCGCGCUGGAGGCGAGCUUGGAGACGGGUGAAGUCUUCCCCCGAGACGCAGAAACUAGAGUAAUGUCAACAACCUUCCUAACAACAAAAAGUUAACUCUUGGGCGAAGAGCUUGGAUAGCCUUUGGUCAGUUCUGCAGCUACCGGAAUAGUCCUAUGAAUUGAAACGUAUUUGGAGAUCCACAAGAUUCCUUUGUCCUGUAUGGAACUUCCUUACAGGACAGACAAAGGAUGCAGAUACAACCAUUAGCAAGUGGGGGAACUGGAAAAGGUCCCUCUGCUGUUGAGCCUGGCAGCUGUGGGAAGAUCUGGGCAAAAACUGAGCAGAGGUCCCUGGAGGAGAAAACCAUCAUCCGUUCAGAGAUUCAGCCCUGCAACUUCAGAAACAUCCAAUAUGAGGAGAUUGAUGGUCCCCGACGACUUUGCAGCCAACUCCACAACUUUUAUAGUCAAUGGCUGAGACCAGAAAAGCACACCAAAGCCCAGAUGUUGGACCUAGUAGUUCUGGAGCAGCUGCUGGCCCUUCUGCCCCCCCCAAUGGAAAACUGGUUGCGGGAAUGUGGAGCAGAGACCAGCUCCCAAGCGGUGGCCCUGGCAGAAGGCUUCCUCAUGAGUCAGGCAGAGGAGCAGAAGGAGCAAGUCGAAUUUCAGACCAGAGAUCCUAUGAGAAUCGGGAAUCCAUCAAAUUCUCCUCAGGAGCUGUUUUCCAGGAGGAUCUAUCAGGAAUCCACAAGUCAGGACAUCUCAGAUGGGAAGAAUGGAACGAAUCUGACUCCUUUCUAUGGUGGUGCUGAAAGAGUGGUUGAAAUUCCAACUCAAGUAAGAGAGCAGGGUCUUGUGUCCUUUGAGGAGGUGGCUGUGUAUUUCUCCGAGGAGGAAUGGUCUCGGCUGUAUGCUGGCCAAAAAGCACUGCAUCGGGAAGUCAUGCUGGAAAAUCAUAGGAACGUGGCCUCUUUGGGUAAUAAUGGAGAGGAAAAUGAAGAUUCCGGAAAACUAUUCCAAGUGAUCAGUUGUGGAUUCAAUACAAAGAACCCUACAAUUCUAAUGGAAGUAGAAAGCCAUGAGAGAAACCAGUCAAAUAAUUGGAAUCAGGAAAGUUCAUCUUCCAUUCAUGCACCAAUGAAAGCAUCUGUGGCUCAACAAGGAAAAACAAAGAACAAAUAUAUUGGAAAAUGUAUAAAACCAUUCAAAGACAAAUUUGAUGUAAAUGAACACAAUCAAACCCAAACCAAAGGAGAAGAUUAUAUAUCUAGAGAAAGUGGGAAAAAUUACAAAUGGACCUUGUCUCUUCCUAAUAAAAAUGGGUCCCAUACAUCUCAAGAAAGAACCCAGGCAGAAGAGAAGCCCUCUAAGUGCAUGGAGUGUGGAAAGAGCUUUAUUAAGAACCAUCAACUUAUCUACCAUAAAAAGAUCCACAAAGCAGAGAAAACAUAUAAAUGCAAGGAGUGUGGGAAAAGCUUUACUAGUAACAGUCAUCUUACAUGUCAUCAAAUAAUCCAUACAGGGAAAAAGCCUUAUAAGUGCAUGGAGUGUGGAAACAGCUUUACGAACAAUAGAGAAUUUACUUCACAUAAAAGGAUUCACGCAAGAGAGAAGCCCUACAAAUGCACAGAGUGUGGAAAGUGCUUGAGCUCACUCAGAAAUCUUUCUGUACAUGAAACGAUCCACACAGGGGAAAGGCCUUAUAAAUGCAUGGUGUGUGGAAAGACCUUUAUUCAUACAACUCAUCUUAAUUCACAUAAAAGGACCCACACGGGAGAGAAGCCCUAUAAAUGCAUUCAGUGUGGAAAGAGCUUUACUCAGAGCAGCAAUCUUACUUCCCAUGAAAGGAUCCACAGAGGAGAGAAGCCCUAUAAAUGCAUGGAGUGUGGAAAGAGCUUCACCCGUAGUACUUAUCUUACUUUGCAUUAUCGGAUCCAUACAGGUGAAAAGCCAUAUAAAUGUAUGGAGUGUGGAAAGAGCUUUACUCAUAGGAACAGUCUUGCUUGUCAUAAAAGGAUCCACACAAGGGAGAAGAUCUAUAAAUGCCUAAAGUGUGGAAAGAGGUUCUGUAAGAGCACUGACCUUAUUUUCCAUAAAAGGAUCCACGCAGGGGAAAAGCCAUAUACGUGCCUGGAGUGUGGAAAGAGCUUUAUUAAGAACUCUCAACUUAUUUACCAUAAUAGGACACAUACAGGGGAGAAGCCUUAUAAAUGUAUGGAAUGUGGAAAGAGUUUUUCUACAAACAGUAUUCUUAACUCCCAUAAAAGGACCCACACAGGGGAGAAGCCCUAUAAAUGCAUGGAAUGUGGAAAAAGUUUUUCUACAAAAAGUCAUCUUAACAUCCAUAAAAGGACCCACACAGGGGAGAAGCCCUUUAAAUGCAUGGAAUGUGGAAAGAGUUUUUCUACGAAUAGUUAUCUUAACAUUCAUAAAAUGACCCAUACAGGGGAGAAGCCACAUAAAUGCAGGAAGUGUGGAAAGAGCUUCACCCGUAGUACUUAUCUUACUUUGCAUUAUCGAAUCCAUACAGGAGACAUGCCCUAUAAAUGCCUAAAGUGUGAAAAGAGCUUCACCUGUAGUACUUCUCUUACUUUGCAUUAUCGGAUCCAUACAGGUGAGAAGCCCUAUAAAUGUCUGGAGUGUGGAAAGAGGUUUCCUAAGAGCACUGACCUUGUUUUCCAUAAAAGGAUCCAUGCAGGGGAAAAGCCAUAUACAUGCUUGGAGUGUGGAAAGAGCUUUGUUAAGAACUCUCAACUUAUUUACCAUAGUAGGACACAUACCGGGGAGAAGCCAUAUAAAUGCAUAGAGUGUGGAAAAUGCUUUUCUUUCUCUGGUAGUCUUACUCGCCAUAAAAAGACUCACACAGGGGAGAAGCCUUAUAAAUGCAUUGAAUGUGGAAAGUGUUUUUCUAGGAAGAAUUAUGUUAACACCCAUAAAAGGAUCCACACAGGGGAGAAGCCGUAUAAAUGUAUGGUGUGUGGAAAAGGUUUUAUUACGAAUAGUUAUCUUAACUUUCAUAAAAGGACCGCACAGUGUAAAAGCUCUAUAAAUCUGUGAAAUAUGGAAACAUCUUCAAGAGGACCAAUGGGCAAAUGUUCCAUAUAUAGAUACAUUUGGGUGAGAAACUGUUUAAUUGCAAGGUUUAGUUGUUGAAAUAUAUGCAUUUCCUAAUUACAUCUACUGAACAUUUUGACUCACCUUCACAAUUGGACGCCCCAGAGAUUAAUUUACUAAUGGAAACCAAAUGCUAUGCAUGUGGUGUUUUAAUGAUGAACAGUGGAUUAUUUUAGCUACUGUCAUUUGAAGGCUAUCAAUGCCAUUUCAUUUAAAAAAAAGAGAACAUCUUUUUUCUUCAUGUUUAUCCCAUUUCCAAUUGGAUCAUAAUAAAGAAAGCCCAAAUCCCCAAUGAAACUUUAUAAAAGUUUAAUUUUUGAGACCAAGCAUCGGGCUGAGCUAGCAAAAUGUCAUUCCAGGCAUACUAUGGGAAAGGCAUAAAUCACGAAAGAUGUCAGAUGCCUAUCUUUGCUUUCUUUGAAGCUCCCUAGCAACUGCCAUAACUAGGAAGAAGGGGACACUUGGCAGGGGAAGAGCAUUGGAAGCGGAUUGUUGUGAGAAUUUGGGGAGUAUGGAUAUCAACAGGAGCCAGUGGUGCCAAAAUGAGCCAUCUUCCUGCCCUCAAGGACACCAGCCCUGGGAAAGGAAUUAUAUCUGCUGGUGAGGCAUCAGGUUGCUAAAAGAUUGAACCAGGAUUGGAUUGGACUGAUCUAGCCAAGGGAAGGGGUUUGGACAUAGGAGAUUGCUUUCAAUAUAUAGUUUUUGCGCAGUUUUCUUCAGAGCUUGCCUUGCUUAUGCUGCACUCGGUAUCUCUAGUAAAAGUACCUUUUUUUUAACAUCCAUGGAAUCAA